UUCUUUCAGAAAUAUUGUACAAUACAUUACACUUUCUUGAUUUUUACCGUGUAUCUUCUAUAAGUAAAAGGGGGGGAAAUAUUGUGGUAUGAUAAAGAAGAUAAAAUAGUUUUUACAUACUUUUAAUCUUGGGAUUACUAUCAAAUAAGCUCCUCUACUUUUAAAAAUUUUAAUUAGAUCCCCCAACUAAAAUUUCGCUCAAACCUUUGAACUCAUUUUAAAAUGACAAUUCCCUCCUUUUGACCGGUAGCCUCCCAAAUCCCGGUCGAAUUGCACACGUGGCGCAUGAAAUGGCUUUUUUCCUUUUCUUUUUCUUUUUCUUUUUCUUAUUCAUUCCUUCUUCACUCCCCCUCGGUGUAGCACGGAAACUCUCGGGAAAGAGUAUGUUUCCCGUUUCGGAAACUCUCGGAAACUCUUUGAAAACUCUCCAAAUAAUCAUUUUUUGAGCAAAUGUUGACGUUUCUCGCUUCUCGUUUGCUCAUGAUUUUCACGUUUCCGUGCAACAUAGCUCCCCCUCCCUUCUCCUUCCCUGCGCACACGGCACACCUGCAAUUUUUUUCUUUCUUUUUCAUUCUCUUCUUUCCCUGCUUCUCCGACCUCGUUUCACCUCCUCACCUUCCUCCGCCUUCACUCCCGCUCUCUACUUCUUUGUCGUCGACUGGGGUGGGGGCUGAAUUGAAGCUCCAGCGGAUCUGGAAAUGGCCGGCCUGGAGGUCUCACAAAACACCAUCACCGACCCGGAAGCUUCAACGGACCACCUUCCCCGACUUCAAGGAUAUCGACUCAUGGGCAGGGGACAAGCGAUCUGCGGGAAGGAGGCGUCUGGCAGUCUGACGACGUGGGUUUUUCUCACGAAUCUCCGGCGACGUGAAGGACUGGACGACGACCGGUGGGUGAGAAUUGGGAGAAGAAAGGGAAAAAAAGGAGAGAAGAAAUGGUGGAUGGAAGAAAUGGAAGAAGGGGAAAGGGGGAGUUGAUCGAACUGAGAG